AUGGGCGACAUGAAUGAAACCAACCACAAAAGAAGACUAUCAUCAAUUGACGACUCGACUUCGAUGGACAAUUCAUCAUGUGUCACUUCCCGAGAAUCCGAGCACAUUAAGCUCAGUAGUACCUCCACUUAUCCGGCUAUCAAAUCAAUCAAACAAUCAGACCUAUCUGCUCCAUCAAUUUGUUACACCUGUAAUCUACCACCGACCUGCAAUCCACCCAAUCACAAACCUCCUCGAUUUGAAAAUCCAAGUGAACUCGAGUCUCAUCAUCGAACUCAUCAUGCUUUUACCUGUUCUUCUACGGGAUGCAAUCGGAUCUUUCCUUCCCAGCACUUCCUAGAUCUGCAUCUGAACGAGGUCCACGAUCCAAUCCUGCAGGUCCAGCGAGAAAAAUACGAAGCCAAGAUUUUUCGUUGCUUUGAACAUAAUUGUGAGAAAGCAUUCAGUAGUCCUAAGAACAGGAGACUUCAUCUGAUAGAUUUUCAUGGAUAUCCACGAACGUUCUUCUUCUCACUACCCAACCAAGGCUUGAAUGAUUUGUACAGGAAAUUUGGGUCAGGAGUCUCGCUGGUCAGGCCGAACUGGAAAGCCUCGGCUGCGUCGUCGAAUACACCAUCGAAAUCAUCAGCCGGCGAUUCGAAAGUAACCCCCCACACCGCCCCGAAGCUUAGCAUUAGCGAAUCAAGAUCCAGCUUGGGAUCAAUCGGAAAUGACGACCAGAAGAAGCAUAUAGACGGCAACAAACAACCAAUCGAUUCUGUGAUUGAAUCUAUUCAACAACUUUCGCUUGUACCUCGUCAGAUACAAUUUGGGAAGAAAGCAGGUUCUAAAUCCUUUCAACGAUAA